AAAUCUACUUUUACUUUCACUCUUACAACGUGACGGCAGCAGCAUGACACAGUUACAGAAGGACAAACCCGCACCGGCACCUCGCCGGGCGUCCGGGAAGAGAAACCAUUUGACAAAAAAACCUGAGCUCAAAGAUGGACAGACAGUCCACCUCAGUGGAUGUGCUGCUGACAAACCUCAUCAGGGGGAAACUGCUUCCCUCUGCUCGCCUCUGGAUAACCACACGACCUGCAGCAGCCAAUCAGAUCCCUCCUGAGUGUGUGGACAUGGUGACAGAGGUCAGAGGGUUCACUGACCCACAGAAGGAGGAGUACUUCAGGAGGAGAUUCAGAGAUGAGAAGCAGGCCGGCACAAUCAUCUCCCACAUCAAGACAUCACAAAGCCUCCACAUCAUGUGCCACAUCCCAGUCUUCUGCUGGAUCACCGCUACAGUUUUAGAGGAUGUGUUGAAAACCAGAGAGGGAGGAGAGCUGCCCAAGAUCCUGACUGAGAUGUACAUCCACUUCCUGGUGGUUCAGUCCAAAGUGAAGAUCGUUAAGUAUGAUGGAGGAGCUGAGACAGAUCCACACUGGAGUCCAGAGAGCAGGAAGAUGAUCGAGUCUCUGGGAAAACUGGCUUUUGAGCAGCUGCAGAAAGACAACCUGAUCUUCUAUGAAUCCGACCUGACAGAGUGUGGCAUUGAUAUCAGAGCAGCCUCAGUGUACUCAGGAGUGUUCACACAGGUCUUUAGAGAGGAGAGAGGACUGUACCAGGACAAGGUGUUCUGCUUCGUCCAUCUGAGCGUUCAGGAGUUUCUGGCUGCUCUUCAUGUCCAUCUGACCUUUAUCACCACUGGUGUUGAUCUCCUGACAGAGGAGCAGUCAACCUGCCAGAGGUUGACAGCAGCAGCACAGAAAUCUGCAGUACAGCUAUUCUACCAGAGUGCUGUCGACAAGGCCUUACAGAGUCCAAACGGACAACUAGACCUGUUCCUGCGCUUCUUCGUAGGCCUUUCCCUGCAGACCAAUCGGGAUCUCCUAAGAGGCCUGCUCAGUCAGACAGGAUGUUGCUUGCUUACCAAUCAGGAAACAGCCCGAUACAUCAAGAAGAAGAUCGAAGACACUCCCUGUCCAGAGAAAAGCAUGAAUCUGAAACUCUGUCUGAAUGAACUGAAUGAUCGUUGAUUCCAACUUUCAAUCGAAAAGAUCCUGAGAAUACCGAAACAACGGAAUUCGGAAAUGGGAUGAAAAAAAAAAUGCAUAUCGAUCAUUUAACAUUUUGAAUAUUUAAGCCUCUUUGUAUCGUCAUUUAACCCAUCCUCGUAUUAGGAGCAUUGUGCAGCUAUUUGUAUAAAGCUGUGGGCUGACAAGCUAAUGUCUGAUACAUUAAUCAAGUGUAACUAAAGUUAUUGAUGAUGUCUGAUACACAAAAUAACUCAAUGAUAUCAAAACAGUACUGAAUGCUCUAAAUAAUUCAUUUCAUGAGAUAAUUUUCUAAUAAAUAUAUAUAACUUAUGUUAAA